AUGGAGAAGAGUAUUUGUGUAUCUUGGUCCAAAACUUUAGGGAAUAUGAAUUCACCAGGUAGAGUCAGGACCCAGGGCCUCAGAAUAUGCACUUUUGACGAGGUCCUAGCGAUUAAUGAAAAGGUGGUGCUUCGUGCUGAGGAUCUACUCUCCUGGGUCUGUGAUGGAGGAGGCUGGAGGUGGGGCAUCCGGGCCGUUUGGAAGGAGGCUUGUGCCCCCCCUGCUGAGACUAAGCUGACAUCUCCCCUUCACCUUACAAAACUGGAUUUCAGCGAUGUGGAGAAAGAGAAAAGUACUAUGUCUCUGGAUGCAGACAUCCCCGGAGUUGUGGUGUUCUCAUACCCGCGUUACUGCAGAUACAGAGCGAUUCUUGCCCGUUUAGAGGGUAUCCAAGCUGACUGGUUGAGAGACUCCCUGGUGGCCGCUUUGGGAGGGUAUGCGGCACCCACAAAUAACACUAGGAUAUUGUAUUGUAAGGACACCUUCGAAUACCCAGAACUAGAAGGUCAUGAGUUCGUGUGUAACCAUCUAGCGCCAAAGAUGAAGGGACGGCCGCGUGGGCGGCGGCGAGCGCGGGCACGCGACCGUGACCACGAUCCUGACAGUGACCGUGACUCGCGGUCAAGUGAUAGUGAUGCUGCGUCUCCAUCGGAUCCUAGGAUACAACGGCGGGUGUCUCUUCGAAUUGGUGCAGACAAGCCGAGUGAAGAUGAUGAAGGAGGAAGGGAGAAAGAGAAGGACGAAGCGUUCCUUCUAGAACUUAGGGAGUUUUAUAAGGAAGACGUUAAUAUUGUACACACCAAGUAUAAUUAUAUAUCACUACGAAAAUUGUAUUCACGCGUGAAGUCUUACGGCGGCUACGAGACGGUCUGUCGAGGGAGGAUAUGGUGUUUGAUAUAUGAAGGAAAACUAGCGCCGAGGGCAAAGAAAUUAUAUGAAAGAUACCUCUUGCCUUUGGAAAAGCACCAACGCCGCCAAAACUCCCGGCUCCUGCCGAAAAUCAACGGCAAAAUAGACGAUAAAACCAUAGACACAAUAGACGUCACAGAGUCGCCUCUACGUGACAUAGACAAACCCAUAGACAAAGCAGACAAACGACUGCGCACGCCGUCGCCCAAAGACAAAAUUAUUCUAGACAAUGAAACUGGUGAAAUAUUAAAAGACGAAAUUAAUGUGACUUCGAAACCGGCUGAAGAGCUGAACAGGGAGUUUCUAGAAGCUAUAUCCAAGCAGAAGGAGACGGAGGAGAGGGAAGAGAAGGAGAAAGUGAAGAUUUCAGUGAAGCCCGUAGAGAAAUUGAUUGAAAAGGAUGAUAAGGGUUUUCUGAAUGAAUUGACGCAAAAGUUGCAUUUGGGCAACACUGACACCACAAUAUUAAAAGAGCUGUCGGACGCGCAGAGCAGUGUUGCCAGCAACGCGCUAACUAGCCUAUCGUCACUGAGUGAGAAGUACGCUGUUAACGGACAAAUGCCCGCGCUGGGAAUAGAUCAGCAAAAAUCACGACCGGUGGGGCGAAGCUCCCUUCGCGCAGUUCGAGUUAAGCCCACGAGACCGCAACUGCCGUCCAGUACCCCCCCCCAAUCAUCAGUGACGGAAACUUCACCGCCUCCACCAGCGCCCUUGACCAACUUCGGGAUCCAUCACCCCCCUGCCCCUCCCAGACAAGUGCCCCUCAAAACUACAUCACACAGUGAUGACGAAAUCGUUGAGGUCCCAUACAUACCAAAAACACCAGAAAUAAUAGACCUAGAUGAAUACCCCGAAAGCCCGCAAGGUGUUAAGAAGAAAAAACUAGAUAUUCUCAAAGAGAGGGGGUUAGAAGUGACGGCGAUACCCCCUGCACCCAUUUGGCCUCAAGUGUUAGCGACCCCCAUAGCGCCCCUCAUAAAUCCUACCCCCGUUAUACUAAAUCCUGCGGUACAACACCAAAUCAUGACGCAAGCGCAGCUGUUCCAAAUGUACAAUAUUAUACCUCCGACUUACAACAAUGGCGCUGUACCUCCCAGAGUUAUCCAAGCGACUAGUGCGUUCGGGACGUCGGGCCCCGAAAAAACAGUCUACGGCAACCCAAAGGACCCGUUCAUGCCGCCCCCACACGUCCUACAAGGCACCCCCAUCAAACCCCAAAGAAGCAUACAAGUUACCGGACCAACCCCCCAAGAUAUUCUGGAUCUUACGUGCAAAUCUCUGUCUCCCCCACCGCAGAAACCAGCUGUGGAAAUUGUCAGAGUACCCCCACAAUCGCCCUCAAGAACACCAACUCCACAAAACUUAUCCAAAAACUACACUCUGGUGGAUGGAAAAGCCGUAGUCGGCUCCAAUUUAGAAAUAACUCUAGUUAACCCCAAAACGCCAACGCCGCCAAAACGACCCCCACAAAAGCGGUCUUCGAACGGCAAAUUCAUCUCGACAAAGACGCCGACGCCCCCCAAAGACUACACGAAACCAUUCCCGCCCCCGUCCCCAUCGGGGGUCAAAAAACCCCCAAUAGUAGUACCGAAUUAUCAAAUUUCCCGCGACGAUGUCUCACCAACGAGUUCUACGGGGUCCAAGGAGUCCCAAAACAGUGUUCAGAACAAUUUAGCUAACGUAUUUAAGGGGCAGAAUUUGACCCAAAUGAUGGAUAUGCAGAAGAAUGUGCCCCUGACCCCUUUUAUGGACCCCAUGUAUAUGAACGCGUUUUAUAGCAGUCUGGGACAAAUGGACCAGCGUCAAUUGGCUCUCUAUAGAGACUUUAUGGCGAAUCAGUUUAGGGGAUAUUCGGGUUUAUUGAAUAUAGGAACGCCGACAACGAAAAAUUAG